AUUUUUGUGUGCAAAAAAUAUAUGUACGUUUCCUGCUCGAAUUUUUUCUUCUUUUUAUUCCUGCUGGGCCAGAGCCAUCAAUCCAUUACUGGAUAUAGUUAAUUAACCUUCGAGAGACUCUCGAAGGUUUAUCCAUAUACACAUACACCCACAACGCUCAUGCACGGAAUUUUUCCCCUUCAAGAAUAUUUAGAAAAUUCAAACUUUUUGUUUCCCUGACGCAGACUUCUUGGUAAAUUCCCGGCAAUUUUUGAAAUUUACAUGUCGCAGGAAGGCUUAGCUUUGAAUCCAUCCGCGCCUUCCACGCCCAUCACCUCGGCCACUUCCGACGUCUCAACUGUGUUUUCCAUCCAUGAACAGGUUUCAGAGGGUUAUGAAUUCGACGAAGAAUUCGGAUGCAAGGUUCCGCAUGCUGACAAGCUCCGGAAGUUGUUGGAUGAAAUUGAUAAUUGGGAUUUCGACGUUUUCGCAGCUUCCGAAGUCACUGGUGGUCGGCCUUUGACUGUCGUCGCCUACUCUAUCCUAAAAAAAAGAGAUUUGCUGACUGCCUUGUACCCGAUCUGCCCGAAGAAACUUGUAAGAUUCUUGGUCAGGGCUGAGAAUCUUUAUUUAGAAGACGCAAUCUAUCACAACAAGGAACAUGCAGCCGAUGUCACUCAGGCUGCUCAUGUCAUCCUCAAUUCCCCACCUCUUAAGGCUUACUUCGACCCUUUGGACGUGUUUUCGUGUCUAAUAGCUGCAACUGUCCACGACGUUGGUCAUCCAGGGGUCGAUGACAAUUUCCUCAAAAGAACCGGGAUGAUUUAUGGCACUGACAUCAAAGAACACCCUCGUUGGGUUCGACGCCUCAUAAACGGAGCCAAGAUUACCCCGGAAAAACUAAUGGAUAAAAAAACGCAAAGGAGAAGUUCGUCUGAGAGUUUUUCGGCUUUGUGUGCGUUGUUACACUGUGCGGACAUUUCAAAUACGAUGAGGCCGUUGAACUUGUAUCUCAUCUGGGCAGAACUCAUAACCGACGAACUGUUUCGACAGGGAGAUUUAGAAAGAGAACAGGGUCUUCAUGUCACUCCGAUUUGCGACAGGACUGUUUCGAACAUGUUGGAAAUUCAGAAUUUCGCCAUACCAGCAUGGAAAGCGUUGAGGGCUUUUGCAAACCACGACAAGUCUGUGGAUGCAAUGUUGACGAAUGCGAAACUCAACAUGACCCACUGGAUGAACUUAUCGAAUGAACAGUGCAAAAAUCAGCCCACUGACAUCCUUUACUACCAACCGCUGGCAUGUAGUGUUGCCAAUUGGAGUGAGAUUUGGAAAGAAAUAGCCUGGGAUGCCCAUGAGGAUGUCCUCAGCCCCAGUUCAUUAUCGGCUGAUUGCAACCUCGGAAAGAUGCAGGAAGCUUCUACUUCCGCUCGACUGAAUACCGAAAAAGCUCCGACAAAUGUACCCCGAGCAAUCGCAGCGAAAGACAACAAGAAACAGCUGCCAUCGCAGAUCAAGACCAAGAACAAUCAGAAAUCCCUAUAUUCUUCGAAGGACGGAACUCGGACGAACCCGGGAAACAAUGAUAAGUCAAAAACGAACCCAGUCAAGCCAGAGCGUAUGUCGACGACAAAUAGACUGAAUAAGGGCCCCGAAAACCCAAUACGCAAGUCCAGCAACAGCAGAAUAAGCAGCGACCAGCUCAAACGCGGGAAAUCUAAACCACCCCGGGUUAGCGACAGCGGUGUCGAGUCAAACCCGAACCCAGAACCCGGGAAAUUCUCGUCAAAUCGUCACCAAUUCCGUUCUCCAAAGGUGAGCACAGGGAAGCGGAACCCGUCGAACCUGUCGGUCAUUGGUCGCGGGAAGCGCAGACCUGACGCUGGCAGCAGUGACAUCGACGUGACGGACGAUGACACUCGUCAUUCGUGUUGGCUGAAAGUCGACACUGCUGACGCGUAUUUUUCGUCCGACGGCGUCAACACGUCGUCGGGAUUGGCGUGCGAAAAUACACGCGAGACCCAAAUGAUCCACGGCAGGGAAACCCUGUGUGAAACCCGCAGUGUGAAGGCAGGCCUGGAAUGUUUGGCUAAGCACGAAGAUUGUACUGGUGGAGAUGAGAAAUAAUGAAACCAGCAAAAAAUCCGCAACCUAAAGAAAAAUAUAACGCCCUUCUGAAAAAAACCACAUCCUUCUUCCAAUUUAUUGACCUUGAAUCCAAUUAUAGUAACACCUGUCACAAAGUCGCUUUAUCUCCUGUUCUAACCAUAUGAAAAAGUCUAAACAUUAUUGCAGC